ACUCCUUAAAUAUCACGAAGACAUCUGAGAUAUUGUUUAGAUCGUGGACUCUUACUUUGACAUGCCAGCAUAGGUAGAUGGACAGGCAAGCACAUCAGAUGUCACUGUUUGGCAGCUGAUAAAAGUCAGCAGUGCUAUAAUACUAAGCACAGAGCCACUAGAUUAGUCUGUGAGGGAAGGGGCUGCCUCUUCCUUCCCUGUAGUAGUAGGUUAUACUCAGCUGGCACUCCUUGGAACUCGGGAACAGUACUCUUCACGAGAAGGCCACUCCAUCACAGCCAGGAGCACAGUAUUCCCAGGAUCUCAGCAAGGAGGGGCAGACCAAGGUCGCUUCUGAUUCACUGCGACCUUCUGUAAUUCCAGGCUUGCAGCCCCAGAUUCAGGACCCCACCCCUCCAGGAGCAAAUCAUUACAAUAAUAAGUUGCCUUCAACUUCUGUAAACCAGCUAAACAUGUUUAACUACGAACGUCCAAAACAUUUCAUCCAAUCCCAAAACCCAUGUGGCUCCAGACUGCAGCCGCCCGGACCGGAAACCUCCAGCUACUCUAGCCAGACCAAACAGUCUUCCAUUAUCAUCCAGCCCCGCCAGUGCACAGAGCAAAGAUUUUCUGCCUCCUCAACAGUGAGCUCUCACAUCACUAUGUCCUCCUCUGCUUUUCCUGCUUCUCCCCAGCAGCCUGCUGCCUCCAACCCAGGCCAAAGGGUUACAGCCACUUAUAACCAGUCCCCAGCCAGCUUCCUCAGCUCCAUAUUACCAUCACAGCCUGAUUACAGUAGCAGUAAAAUCCCUUCCACCAUGGACUCCAACUAUCAGCAACCCUCAGUUGGCCAACCUGUAAAUGCUAAGCCAUCCCAAAGUUUAAAUGCUAAGCCCAUACCAAGGACUCCUGACCAUGAAAUACAAGGAUCAAAAGAAGCUCUGAUUCAAGAUUUGGAGAGAAAGUUAAAAUGCAAGGACAGCCUUCUUCAUAAUGGAAACCAACGGCUAACAUAUGAGGAGAAGAUGGCUCGCAGAUUGCUAGGACCACAGAAUGCAGCUGCUGUGUUUCAAGCUCAAAAUGACAGUGCCGCACAAGAUUCACCACAGCACAAUUCAGAACAUGCACGACUGCAAGUUCCUACAUCACAAGUAAGAAGUAGAUCAUCCUCAAGGGGAGAUGUGAAUGAUCAAGAUGCAAUCCAGGAGAAGUUUUAUCCGCCUCGUUUCAUUCAAGUGCCAGAAAAUAUGUCAGUUGAAGAAGGAAGAUUCUGCAGAAUGGACUUCAAAGUAAGUGGACUGCCAGCUCCUGAUGUGUCUUGGUAUCUAAAUGGAAGACCAGUUCAAUCAGAUGAUCUUCACAAAAUGAUAGUGUCUGAGAAGGGUUUUCACUCACUCAUCUUUGAAGUGGUCAGAGCUUCAGAUGCAGGGGCUUAUGCGUGUGUUGCCAAGAACAGAGCAGGAGAAGCCACCUUUACUGUGCAGCUGGAUGUUCUGGCAAAAGAACAUAGAAGAGCACCAAUGUUCAUCUACAAACCACAGAGUAAAAAAGUUUUUGAGGGAGAUUCAGUGAAGCUAGAAUGCCAGAUCUCAGCUAUACCUCCACCAAAACUUUUCUGGAAAAGAAAUAAUGAAAUGGUACAAUUCAACACUGAUCGAAUAAGUUUAUAUCAUGAUAACUCUGGAAGAGUUACUUUACUAAUAAAAGAUGUAAAUAAGAAAGAUGCUGGGUGGUAUACUGUGUCUGCAGUUAAUGAAGCUGGAGUGAUCACAUGUAACACGAGAUUAGAUGUUACAGCCCGUCCAAAUCAAACUCUUCCAGCUCCUAAGCAGUUACGUGUCCGACCAACUUUCAGCAAAUAUUUAGCACUUAACGGGCGAGGUUUGGAUGUGAAACAAGCUUUUAACCCUGAAGGAGAGUUUCAGCGUCUGGCAGCUCAAUCUGGACUCUAUGAAAGUGAAGAACUUUAAUAAUUUUACCAACGCCGGAAAACACAACAAUCAAACUAUUAGUAAUAUAUUCAAUUAAAUUUCUGAAAUAAAUCCAUAGCUGUAUUAACAGAUUAUGGCUUUUAUUAGGUAAUACAACUAAUAUAUAUUUAUAUUAUUAUUUAUCCUUUGACUCUUGCACAUUUUGUUUACCUCUGGUUUGUGAAGCCUACAGAAAAUUGGGUUUGUAACUGUAGAAGAUAUUAAAAAUAUGGGAUUUUAACAUUUAAGUCAUACACAUUUAACUACUAUAGGUUACAAAUUAAUAUCAAUGUUUUAAACACAUCUAAUGCUUAAUAAGAUUUACUGGCACUGCUUUCUAAAUACUGUUCUACCCGUUUUCUCUGAUAGGAAUACUAACAUGGUAUAUAUAGAUGAUCUCAGUGUUCCUUAGCUUAAUGUCAAAAGAAAAUAAAAUUGCAAAUAUUUAAAACA